GGUCAAGUGGAGAGGGUGGUCACCCAGCAACAGUUUAGGGAAGGCUUUUUGCUGUUCCAGUUUGACUGUGUCCCUGUGCGCAAAGCAAACUCAUGAAGACAUGAAGAAAAGCUUGUUUUAAUGAAACUCCAGUGACCUGCACAGAGCCCUGACCUCAACCCCACUGAAGAGGUUUGGAAUAAACUGGAACAUCAGUUGAGAUGGUUUUUUGACCAACAUCAGUGCCCAGCACAAAUAACCACAGACAUACUUCAAAGACUUGUGAGAAGCCUCCUCAGAAAAAUGGCUGUUGUUAUAGCUGAAAAGAUCACACAGAGGUCACUUUGUUUUUGUUUUUAAAAUGAAAUGUCCAACCAGCAAAUACUUUUGCUGGAAAGGCUUUCCACAAGAUUUGGGUGUUGUAAGGUCAGGCCAUGAUGUUGAAAAAGAUGGCAUGGCUUGCAAUUAACGUUAUAAUUUAUCUCUGUUAAGCUCAUUAAGUGUUUAAUGGGGUUGAGGCUCAGUGCAGGCCACAGAAGUUCCACCCCUAAACUGGUUCCACAUUAAAAGCAGUAGCUUAUUGUGUUUGAUUUCUGUGUCUCACUAAAACACCUGAACUUAUGAUUCAUUUUACUCACUUAGUGCAGGUCUUUCUGGUUGGUUUCAUUACGCACUGUGUAGUCAUGAUGCUGCAUGUCCACUACAUAACAUUUAUUGCACAUUAUGCACAUGCACUGUCCAACUGAUACAAUACUGCAGGAGCUGCAGAACUGCCCUGCAUUUCUCAGUAAUGCUGACACCCUUGUUAAACAUGGUUUGGCACCAGAGAGCUGAGUGGACAAGCACACCCUUUGGCCUUUGUUAAUUCCCUUCUUAAUCUCAUUACAGGUACAACACAUGGGAGCCUGAGGAGAACAUUUUAGACCCGCGUCUCCUUGUUGCCUUCCAGAAAAGGGAGCGUGAGGAGCAGAUAAUGGGUUACCGCAAGAGAGGUCCAAAACCAAAGCACCUCCUCACACAGCUUCCGUCAUUUGCUCUGAGAUCCAACGUUCUCUCCGGCCUCCAGAAAGCAUCACAGGAUAAUGUGGUCUCGAUGAAACCAACCACGGAUGCAAAGCAGAUGCAUCAGUUUGAGCUGAACAGCAGGAAGCAACACCAGUACCAGCAGGUCUGCAGAGAAAGCCCAGAUGAUGUUCUGUCUACCAGCAAAAGGAAGCACUUCUACCAGCUGAACAGCAAAAAGCACCACCACUACCAACCUGAUCCUAAACAGUACCAGAGCAUGAAGGAAGCUUUAACUCCUGAAUGCUUGGAUCUACAGCAAAAACAGAUUGAGGACACAGAUUUAGGAUGUCUCAGGAAUGUAAAAGACAACAGUAAGGAAGACAAAAAGCUUAUGGGUGAAAGUGGCUACCAAUCAGAAUUUGCUGAGGAUGGAUUAAAGUCUGUGAAUGAAACAAGCAGUAAGCUAAAAAUUGUGAAGAACAAGAAUAAGAACGGACGGAUCGUCAUCGUCAUGAGCAAGUACAUGGAGAACGGAAAGCAAGUUCAAAAUGGGGAGGACAAAGUUCUGGGGAGUGAGACAAAUAGCACAAAUGGCACUAUGGACACAACCAAACACUUAGACAGAAAUGGAUUUAACAAUACUGAGCCUCCUAACUCUGGAUUUAUGCAUGGAUUAAUCCACCCUGACUCAGCUACUUCAGUUCAGACAAACAGAGCAGAGGAUUCCCAAAACCUGAAACUACCUGAUGGAGAGCCAGUACAGCUGACAAUCCCAAAGGAUUUGACAAAGGGCUCCCAAAAGCGGCGCCACUCUGAUCCAGUUAGUGACCCUGGACAGGCGAAAAGAUUCUUAAAUUGUCGAAGUAUAAGCGCACCACAUACGAACACGAGUCACCAUGCAAGCAAGUCCAUGCAUGUCAGUGGACACCAAAACUCUACGCUUGAUUUCUUGAAUGGCUGUCAGGACGAGCCAAUAGAUCUGAGCUGCGCUCGGGUGCGGGAUACAAGGAACUCUAGUGCAGACACUCAAAUCAAUGGGAACCCCAAACCAAAUGAGAAAAAGGCAGUGCCUUCUCAGCAGGUGUCAGAACCUUCAGCAAGUUUUUCACCUUUUCUUGGAAAUAUAAUAAUCACAGACAUCACAGCAAACUGCCUCACUGUAACUUUUAAGGAAUAUGUGACUGUUUAGAAUGUCCAAAAACGUGUGGUAUGAUCAUCCUUUUGUAAAUCUGUAGAAAUGUAAAGAGUUUUCAGAAUGUUUUAAUAUAAAAAGCAGGUCUUGAUAGAGCAAGAGCAAGUUUAACCUGCAGUGAUAUUUUAUUCAAUUUAUUAAUGUAUUUCUAUUAAAAUUGAAUGUUGUUUUUGUUUGUUUGUUUUCCAGCUGCAUUGCUUUUGAUUAACUCAAAGUUAAACCUGACCAUGGCAAUAUAAAAAGUGCAGACUAAACAUUCAUUUAUUUAUUUUCACUAACCGCUUCAUCCUUGCCUAAGUCAUUUAGUGACACUAGGCGCAAGGCAAAAAUAAAUCCUGGACAGUUUAUAUAUGGGCACUUUACACAUACCCAUUAUUACAUACUUACUCCUAGAAGCAAUUCAAAGCAGCCAAUCUACCUUUUGCAUUAUUUUGGGUGCAUUUCUUUCCUCUAUAUAAAUUUCUUUGGGGUAAAAACAUCAGAAGAUUGGAUUGUUGAUUGGCUCCAACAAAUUGCUCCUAGUUGUGAGUGAAGUGCUGUGUGUGUAUUUCUGCCCCGCUGCCACCAGACCCACCACAACCCUGAUCCGCAUAAAAAAUGAAUUUUGAGUGAAUUAAUUAAGCAUUUAUAAAUUUUACUGUAAUCCAUGAAGCUGAAAGUCAGGGAUUAAAUUCCUGAACAAGUUUAGUAACAUAAUUUAUUAACAGAUUCAAAAAGUACCAAAGUUAUUAUUUUGCCAUCACCAUAAUAAUAUCACUGUUUGUUGUAUCUUGCACAUAUUUACAACGCUGGAAUUCUCAAUUCUGAUUGGUCAGAAGGCUUGGCUUUUAUGAUGUAGCAUUGUAUCAGUGUGUCAGUGAACAUAACCUUAAUAUUUUUAUAUUUACAAAGAGUCUGUAUAGUUGGAAAAAGGUAAAAUUGCAGACUCUCACUGUGAACCAUACAGAAUGCACUUUUGACCAGGGUUGCCAGAUUUGCACCCCCCAGAAACGGGUUGUGUUUUGUUUCAUACACUGAAUGGCUAAAAUGGUUUCAAAAAGUUUCCAGCCACAUCCCAUGCUAACAUAUUUAUAAAAUCAAUUAUAUUGAAAAGAAAUGAAAUGCUACCAACUGUGUUUCAGUUUAGACAUCCAGUCAGAUCUGGUAAAUUUUAUUUUACUUGUUUUGUAGAAAUAAAGGUAAUUUUUGUGUCUGCUUCUUAUGCUGUGGCUCUAUAAAGUGGAAAAUACAUGUACAUGUAAAUGUUGUGAUACAGGAUUUUCUGUCACUGAAUUGUUUCAGUCGUCUGCGCUUGAUCAGAUUGCUAAUAUGUAAAAGAAGCACUUACAUAUGCAAUGCUAAUUUUCAUGUCCUGUCUUUUGUACAGCUGAUUUUACACACAGCGUGUGUUUAUCAUUGUCUCAGCAUAUUAAAAGCUUAUUUUAGUGUAAAAAGAUACUGUAAACAUCUCUCUGUUUCUCUUUCUUUAUGUGUGUGUGUGUCUGUGUGUGUGUGUGUUGUAUGAAAGAUCAGACUGUGUAAACAUUCAGAGAGAUAAUGAGACAUUUCUUUGUUUCUUCUUUGUAAUUAUACAAGCCGUUGGUAUCGGACUGCACUUUGCACUAUCUGUUUAGUGUUAUCAGAUAAGAAGUCUGCAAUGUUUAAAAUCCUUAUCACGCCUGCGUUUUUGCACUGCUACUUUUACUCACUCACACAGAAACAGAAACAGGAAUGUGCUGAUGUUUUCAAAGUCCUACUGGUUCUAUUUUGGAAUAAAAGAGCUUUUGGUAUUA